UUAAGUUGCCACAACAGGGAAAAGGAAGUCCCAUCAUAGUUACAGUAAUAACGGAUUACUCUGUUUUUGUCCCUACAAGUCAGUGGACGCGGCAUUUGUGGCCCCGAUGCGAGGAGCGCGGAGAGCAUGGCGGAGUCCUCGAGCGAAGCGGACACUUUCCCGGACACUUCGCGUUCGCGGCGCUGCUCGAGCGCGCGACCACCUCCUCCUCGUGUCAGGCAGCAGCGGCGACUGCCGCGAGCCUCUGAGCACCUGGACCUGGACGGAGACCUGGGCGGGAACAUCGGCGAAAGAAUGGAAACGCUGACGAGCACCUUACAGGAUACAAGCCGGAAUCUCCACAGUGUGGACAGGAUGUUGGCUCAGUACAGAGAACACACAGAGGGCCAGGCCGAAGACAUGGCAGCACUGAGGGAUGACCUGGAGAAAUCUAUUGAGCAGCUACAAAGUCAGCGCCUUAGGAGGGGCUCAGCAGCACACAGCCCUUUCACGUCCACACCUCACACAAACGAACUGGGAGAUGGCCUUCGCUACCUUCCCACCUCCCCUCUCCAUGACUACAAUGGCUCAGAGACGAAAAUUCAAAGACGGUCUCAGUCUGCCUCCGUGAGAUUCAGAGACCCUGGCGAGAAGGGGCUUCACAACCUGCACCAGUCUCUGCGGGACCUCCGUAGUGAUCAGCUGCGAUUAGGGAACGAAGUGGACAGGGAAAUCUCCAGACGGAACAGGGCUGAGCUGGAAACAAGAAGGACUUUGGAAAAUUUUUCCGAGCACAUGCGAGCCUCACAGAGGGAGUCGGUGUCUUCACAAGUGGAGAGGCGCCUUCAGGAGGUGGAGAAGCAGAUGCGCUCAUACCGACAAGCACUGGAGAGAUGCCCCGAUCCAAGGGCCAAUGUGUCAGCCGAGCUGCAGGAGGUCCUGAGAACGAGGGAACCCCGUGUGAGUGAAGCAGAGGAGGCCAUGAAGAACAGACUGCUGCAAUCUGAGCGUGACAAAAACAAGAUGGAGUUGGAGCUGGAGAAAGCAAGAAGACAGCUUGACCAGUCUGAAGGUGGCAGGGAUGCUCUGCUUCAACAGGUGGAAAACCUGCGUCUCCAGUUGGUGAGGACAGAGAAGGAGCGGGCAGACAUGCAGCAGCAGAUCUCCCAUCUCCUGUCACAGCAGAGGAGCCACUCUGAUCAGCUCAACUGGCCAAGAGGCCUGGGCUCUGUGGAGCGGGGGGCGCAGACCUUGCAGGUGCAGCGGGGACCCCCAGGCGAAGUGGAGGAGCUACGAAGGGCUGUGGAGUGCAAGGAGAGGGAGAGGGCUCAGCUGAGUGCCCGUGUGGAGGUGCUGUCAUCUGAGCUGGAACGACAUGAGCAGCAGCAGCUGCAAAUGCUGGCUCAGCUGAAGGAGCUGCAGACGCGGUUCGAGGAGGAGAGAACGCAAGCAGGCCAAAACCUGGCGCAGGCGGAACGGAGUCGAGAAGAGGGCGAUCAGAGGAGGGAGAAGCUCCGGGCCCGUGCCCAGGAGGCCUUGCGUCAGUGGAAGAGCCGGUGCAAAGCUUUGGAGCGGGACCUGGAGGAGAAGGACAGGGAGCUCCAGCGGAGUGCUGAUGAUGCGCAGCAGGCGAGCAAGGACAAGGAGAGCCUACAGGCACAGUUGCGAGUCCUUGGCCAACAGGCAGAGGGGCUACGGAGAGAGCUUGAGGAGGCCCUAGGCAGGCUGGCCCAGCGUGAGGAGGAGCUUCGGCGACGUGACGAGGAGCUUGGUGAGAGCCAGGCCCGCCGCAAGACCCUGGAGCAGGAGGUACGGGAAGUGUCCCGUGCCCUGCAGGUGGAAUCGGAGCGCCGGCGCCUUCUAGAGACCCAGCUACGGGAGGAGAACCGGAACUUGGAGGCUCGGGCAGAUGCCUUGGUCCAUUGCCAUGAAGAAGAUCAGGUCGCGUUGCUGGAACUCCAAGGCACUGUGAAAGAGCUGAGUACAGCACGGGCAGGCCUGGCCACACGUCUAGCAGAGGAGGAGCGAGCAGGGCGUCAGCGGUUAGAGGAGGCACAGCGUGAGUGUAUAUCCCUGGGCCAGCAGCUGCAGUUGGCGAGGGAGCUACAUGAGAAGGAGCUGAGCAGCAUGCGAGCAGGACUGCAGGAAAGCAAGGCCAGGCAUGAGGAAAAUACGCAGCUUUAUCAGCAGGAGAAGGAGGAGCUGGAAGCUCAGCUUGAAGACCUGAAGACAGAAGCAGCAGCGGACAGGGAACUGGCAUGUGCCCACCAGCGGCAGUUGGAAAGGAUGAAGGCAGAAUGUGAAAGGCUGGCAGAGGAGCAGGCGCGCUCUGAGGAGAGCCACGCGCACCUCCGUCGGAAGUACCAAUUACUGAAACAGGAAGUGGAGGAGAAAGCAAAAGUAGUUGCCCGUGGUGACGGCUACCUUCGCGCUAUGGACGACGUUGUCACGGAGCUACGGGAGCAGGUCGGCCGCCUGGAGGCAGAGCGACAGUCCGUCCUGGGCAGCGCGGGAGCAGAAAUCAACACUCUGUGUCGCUUGCUCUCUGGUGACUCGAACGACAAGUUCAAAGUGGUUGCCCUAACUCCUGGGAUUCACAAGGACCCCAACCGCUGGCUCGCUGAGAUUAAGACCAAGCUGCAGUGGCUCUGCGAGGAGGUGAAGGAGCGUGGGAACAGGGAGGAAAAACUGCGGCAGCACCUGCAGCAAGGGCGGGAACAGCUGAAGGUUCUGAGAAAGAGCAAGGAUGGCGAGCAGAAACUGCUCCUUGAGCGCCUCGCACAGCAGGAACAGCUACUAGAGGACAUCCACGGGGAGAAGAGAGAGCUGCUGGAGAGGAUGCGCAGAAAAGAUGAGGACAUGCAAAGCCUCCAGGACCGAAUAUUGGAUCUGGAAACUCGGACUAAAGUUGCACUAGAGCAUCUGGAGUCUGUUCCGGAGAAGCUGAGCUUACUUGAGAACUUCAAGGAUCUUGAGGAGUGCCAGCGCCAGAGGGAGAUGGUGGAGCAACGCUACGCCAAGUACAGGGAGAUCGUUGGGGUCCUGCAACAUGAGCUCGAAGAGUCCAAAAGACGGAUCCAGGAAUACAGGAACGACAAGUUGGACGCUACAUCACGCAGCCUUCGAUUGGCCACCCUGUCGUCCUCCAUCCGGGACCAGGGCAGCUUCCUGUCCAGCACCCUACUCACCAGCAUGGGUUCCACACAAAUGUCUCUCCUCUCCAGAUUUUCCCAGCGUGCUUGAAGAUGGCCAGUCCCCUUUGGGCAAAGCAAAAUGUUGCACAGAGAAUGGGAGCACUUAGUUCUUCAUCUUACCAAACAGUUACAUACUCUGGUAUCUAUCAUUUCGGACCUCUUCCUCGCUUGGUUCAUGUGUAACUGGCUCCACAGCAAUAAAAUGCAGCUACCUCAAAGACAGAUGUCCCACAGGAAUUUUUGCAUGGAAGGGUGUAAAAUAAAGUAAUCCAUCCAGUGGAAACUUUUUAUUCCAACAUCUUUUCCUGACCAAACUGCUGCAGUAACAGUUAAUCAUAUUUCUGCCUAUGCAGUUAUUCAGUC